AUGGCCCAUUCGGCGACGCUAAUUUUGUCCAUCAUUUUCACGUGCACAUUAUGUUCGGUCGCAAAUCCACUGGCCGGGCGACACAUCCCGCUUCCGGUACACAAAACGCCACGCAUCCGUGGAGGUGUCCCCGCAGGUCCUGAUGAAAUUCCGUACGCGGCUGGAUUGAUGAUCCAAACACCGAUCGGUAAUCGGUGGUGCGGUGGUAGCUUAGUAUCCGUCAACUAUGUUCUGACCGCGGCCAACUGUUUCACCAACCCCGGUGCAACAACGGUUCUGCUCGGCGCUUCCAACAUGACCAACGUUGAGGACAUCGUUAUUGCAAGCGACGUCAUCGUUCACCAAGCGUUUGUACCGAGCCAAAACCUGAACGAUAUAGCCUUGGUACGAUUGUCCAGGCCAGCAAACAUUACCAAUUACAUCAGAUUAGCGCGAUUGCCCAACUGGAGACAGGCUGAUUCGCUGUUCGUUAACCAGCUAGCUACCGUCAGCGGUUGGGGUGCACUCGGGCAGAACUCGCCCGAAAUUCUCCCCCUCAACAAUCUGCACCGCAUCAACGGUUCGGUCAUCACUAAUACCGCCUGCAGUCUGCAGUAUCUGGGAGGCAUAGCUGAGUCACAUGUUUGUGUGUCCACCAGCAAUGGAUCACCCUGUUUGGGUGAUCAAGGUGGCCCACUAACGGUAGACGAUGCCGACGGUGGUCAAACCUUGAUCGGUGUGUUCUCUUUCCUAUCGGUGCUGGGUUGUGAUGUUGACCGGCCUGCUGUGUACACAAGACUUACGCCCUUCCUUGCCUGGAUCGAGGCGAAUUCGGACGUUACCAUUCGGAAUGAUUUUGAGUUCUUCCCAACGGCUCCGGGUCAAACGACAACUACUGCUGUCACAACCACCAGUCAACCAAUCACGACCACAACACAGUUUAGUUCAGAAAGUCCUACCUCUACCGUUAGUACUACGGAAGCUGCUGCAACUACUACUACUUUUACUACGGAUUUCACGACGGAAUCGACCACUGUUCCGGCAACUACUACCACGGAUCAGCCUCCCAUCACUACGACCCAAGCUAUUCUUCCUCCACACAGAACGCACCAGCCAAACAUUAGGGUUUACCAUUAG